GCCCCUUUCUGCGCGUCGCUGGGUGCCCGAGGAGUCGCUUCGCUUCGCUUCGCUUCCCCGCCAUGGAGCGCUACGACAAGGCGGACUUGAACGCCUUCUCCUCCGCCGCCGAAGCCAGAAAUGAAGGUUCAUUGGCCUCAACUCUAAGGACACUCCUCUUCUUCACAGCGUUGAUGAUUAUGUUGCCGAUUGGACUGUAUUUCUCAUCAAAAGCAUAUGUAUUUGAAGGCUUCUUUGGAAUGUCCAACAGAGACAGCUAUUUUUAUGCUGCUAUCGUUGCUGUGGUCGCUGUUCAUGUUGUACUUGCUCUUUUUGUCUACGUAGCGUGGAAUGAAGGCUCCCGACAGUGGCGGGAAGGCAAGCAGGACUAAAGGCGGUGUUGCCACUUGACGGUCAAGGGAAGACUUGCAGGUGUAGCACAGGCACAGAGUGUGAAGUCUAAGGGUUUAGGCUAAAGCUCUAAGUUCAGCAAGUCUGUGUUUGGAUGGAACAACCCUGGGGUGCAUCUGCUCUCAUUCCCAGAAAAUGUCUUAAUGGCAGCUUCAAAACGGUCAUGAGCCUCAAAACUUGACAGGGUUGAGAAGAUCACACAGUGGAGCAAGAGAGAAUACCCGAAGGGGAAUGUUCGUAACCUUUCUGCUCUCAGGAGACUUUUUCCUUGCGUAGUCACCUGUCAAGGACUAUUUUGAAAUACGCCUCUAUAUAAUUCAUAAAGCAAAACUUGAGAAUUUCUGAGCCUCCAGUAAUAGUCUGGGUCAUAAAUGGAUGAAGUUAAUGUGAAAUCGAUUUGAUUCUAGUGUCUUCUAGGUGCGCCGUGCCCCCCCCCCCCCGCCCAAUUUUAGGACCCUUGACUGAUGCUGGGCUGCAUCUUAUGAUUAAGAAACACAAAUGUUUGGGAGUACCACUUAGCCUUUUCAGUGGAGGAGCAAUGAUGAGGUAUGUCCCAUCCAUGAGAUUCCCUUAGUCUGUUUCCAACAUAUUUCUGUGUGGUGGCUUUCAACCUAAGAUGUCUUUCCCUGCAAAGUAUACCGUUUGCCAAGUGCUAUGAUCUUGAAAUCGUAUCAUUCUGUUGCUCGUUUCCAAGAAACACUUUCCCUCAAUGAUGGAACAUCUUGCUUAAUUUCUCAAGACAUGAUAAACAUAUCGCCGCCAGUAAUAUUUACAUAAAUCAUGGUAAUCCUGUCAGACAAUCCAAAAAUGUCUGGGCAUUGUGUAUUGAGCAUUAACGGUUUGUUUUAAAAGUUUUCCUUGAUUUGCGCUGACCUCCUGGAUCUUUGGAAUGGUCUCAUUUCACUCUUGUCACCUUUCCCAACGUCUUACAAAGAAAAGAGUCCGAUGCCGGCUGAUGCAGUAUUGCUUCUGUUCAGCGUUGCUGCCUCAACUAGGAUCCUCGUGACUAAAUGGACUUGUAAUAUUGCUUCUUGUGCUUCUGCAAUCAUGGGCAAAAUGUAUUGGGGUGGAUGAGAAACCGAAAGCAGUUGUAAUCGAAUCCCUGAAUUCAACUUGAACAAAACAAGUAACAAGCUUUUAAUUUUGUUUGCUGUUAAUGUCUGUUUAACAUUGGGGGGGGGGGGGGUUGUGUGUGAAAUCAUGGAAAAAGCCUUCCCCCACUUUCAUGAAUGAGAGUUGGGGCACUCCAAAGGAUUCCUCACACAAAAGCUCAGUUGAAAUGA